GUGAACAGUGGUGGACGAGAACAAAAGUACCCUGCAAGAAGCAGUACUCUCCACCCCAAAAAGAGAUAGAUUGAUGGUGAGCUGAAAAAAAGGGAAGCCUCUAAAAAAUCAGCAUCCGUAGCAGCAAAAAUUUUUCACUUGGAAUAAAGAUCUGAAUCGCUCCGAUAAACGGUGAGAUGUGGGAGCAAAAAAAUUCCCAUCAUUUUGGGGGAUAAAUUUGUGGUAAUCACAAUUUAGUGGAACCGCGUGGUGAUUUAUGCGUUUUUGUCGACAAAAGCUGGAAGUGUGGAAUUUACCAAGAGGAGAGAGAGUUUGGAAUUAGGGAUUAAUAAGAAGUUCCCCUCAGUGGAAGCAGUUUUCCUCGUAAAUGUUUUCUUUAUGUCUGAAACGUAAUAAAUAAGGAAAUUUUCACGAGAGAGAAUACCUUCAGUGCUUCUGUCUACAGUCUUUGUCGGAGGAUUGAAAUAUUAUGUGAAUUCAAAGAACCGCUGCGUGCGCUCCAUCGCUUCCAGCGGGAAGUGGAAAAAAGGGAAUUUGGUAUCACAUAAAAUGCGAUAAGAGAAAAAAAAACACAGAAAACUUGAGCACCAUUUUGCUCACAAAUAUCGAACGGGAAUACGGGGAAUCAGUGAAAGUGUCGGUUCCGAUUCCCAGUAUCAAUUGAUUGUAUCCAUAGCAGCGUUAUUUCGCCACAUAAAUGUGCUGAUGAACACAGAAAUUACAAUAUACAAUACGUUCCCCGUCGUAUCGUCGCAUCGUUUGCUGACAAGUGCAAAUAAGAGUAUGUGGUCCGAACCGUGCGUAUGUGUAGAGUAGCGAGCUUUAUGUACAAUCUGUUGAAUGUUUUCCCGACCACCCGCACCACAGUAGUCAGUGGCGCCAAGAAAUAAUCGCCCCGUGAACCGGAAGGCGAGAGAAAUGUGUUGAGUGAGAGUUGUGGCUAAGAAGAAAAGUGCCAGAAAAGCGGAUUCAUUUCACUCGAACCGAAAGUAAUUAAUUGUGAUCAGAGGGGCGAGUGAAAAAAAAAUGAAAAAAUAGAGUGACUACCGUGCACCAAUAACAACAACAUAGAAGUAUAAUCUGCCUCCAGAACGCAAAGGAAGGUCAUAUUUCUUAUACUUUACGCCGAAUCAAUUUGGGGCGAUUCGCAGAAAGCGCAAAUAAAAGUUGGAGAGGGUCAUGAAACUUGGCAACCAAGUGCACUCUAGCUGCUGAACUCUGGGAGCAAUCUCCACUUUUCCAUCUCAGUAACAGCCCCGUCGUUUGGAAUGAGACAAUCGUGUGAGUGGUAGAAUACCCCUCUGCAGAAUCCCCAUUGCCAUUGAGUGCAAACGGGAUGCAGAAACACGAGGACCCAUGCAUUCUCCACCAUGAUGAUGCUUGUCAUUCCAGUGCCAUAAUGCUACCAAACACGAACAAAUGAUUAUCCCGUCAAUUUCUCCAGUGAUUAUCAACCGCUAAAAUUAAAUUCAAUACACCGCGCGGCGAAGAAUAAACAACCAAAACGUGUUAUUGUAGUGCAGUGAGUGAGAACUAGGAACAUAACCGGCAAAUUUGCUCCCAAGUGUUAAACCCCUUUAACGGUUCUUAUCGUGCAGAAAAGGAGCACCGAUAAAGAGGAAGCUAGGAGGAAAAAAAAAAGUGUUUCACUCUUUUUGUGUUCGAAGAGCGAAAAUAAAAGAGCAGCCCACACACAAUGAGCUUCUUCAGUUCACUUCAGCAGUACGUGACAAGUGGCGUUGCAGGGCUAGGGCUGAACCCACGGCGAUUCUCGCUGUCCCGGCAGGAGUCGACGGAGGCCACAACGCCCGCCGCAUCCGUCGGCAGUCCCAGUCCGUUGAUGAUGAUGGAUCCAAGUAAAAUGAAUAACACGGGGGGCGUCAUGAUGGGCCCGCCCGGUUCUGGCGGUUCCAUUGGCAGUGGCAGCGGUGGCUUUGGGAUGGGCUCCAUGGCAACCGGAAUGGGUGGCGGAGGCGUCGGUGGCAUCGGUGGCGGUACCACAGGAACGACUCUAGGCUAUCCCAAAGUGGUGACACCGUCCGGACCUGGCGGGACAAUAGCAGCAGGUGCUGGAGGUGGUGGUACGAGCAGUGUCGGUCCAACGGCUCCCGGGGGAAGUGGUUCCUUUCCGGGCAGCAAUGCCACCUCGAUUCGCAGACAAUCGUCGGCCCGUGGUUUGGACGCUUUGGUACCCCCCGGACGGCAAGGUUCAUUUCGGGGACGAAACUCGCCGAUCAACCCGACGCCACCGGAUAAACCCUCGUUCUCGGGCUGGAAGCGGCGGCCGUCCUGGCCGGAGGUCGAAAUCAAAUCGUCGUCCGGUCAGCGACACCGAUUGUCUCCGAUGCCACUGAUAAGGGUACAAGGGGAGGCCGAUACGACCAGUGAGGACAAAGAUGGGGGCGUAACCGAAAUUGUGUAUCGGUUCGACAAAAUGAAUCCACCCUAUAACAGUGUUGUUAAUGCCAACAACAAUAGUGUGCAAGAGAACGACGGAUCCUAUUUCGAAAGCUUUACAGCCCUCUCGUGGAAGAAUGAAAACCGGCGUAUGUCGGCGGUUAGGGCGGUGGAAACCCGCGCCGAGAUCCUGCCGGAGAACGAUAACGACCGCCUACUGGAGGACGACAUUGAGCGUUCCGAACAAAAAGAACAUCUUUAUCUGGACGUCCUGUACGCGAUUGCCAACACGGUAGGAGCACCAGCGCCGGGUGGACAGUUUGCCCAUUACAAGGAGGAGAUGUACCUGCAGGCUCAGCGGGUGUUUAGUGUGUCCGCCGAUAGACACUAUCGGCUGCUGCAUGCGGCCAACGAGGAGAAGCCCAAGAUUAUCGUCCUCACCGUGAUCGUCCAGGAAGCGGAAGGACUCGAAGCGAAGGACGCCAAUGGUUUCAGCGAUCCGUACUGUAUGCUGGGAAUACAACCAUCCGGUACACCUCCACCACCAUCACCACAACCUCCGAUGACCCCACGGACACUCUCGGACACGGGCAUGGACAGUUUGGACUCACCGGAGCAUGGGAAGCUGCGUAAACAUCACAGUUUCCGGUUGAGCUUCAAACGCAAAGAUGGUCGCCAACAGCGAGACUCGGUAGGGCCCGUGCCGGCCAAAUUUAUCCGAGCGACUUCGGUUAAACCCCACACACUGUGUCCAAAAUGGAACGAAAAAUUUAAAUUUGAUAUCGACGACAUACACUCCGACUUACUGCACCUUGACAUUUGGGACCACGACGACGAAAGCAGUGUGCUAGAUGCUGUUUCACGACUGAACGAAGUUAGAGGCGUUAGAGGAUUAGGUAGAUUUUUCAAACAAGUGUGCCAAUCAGCACGCCAAGGUUCGCAGGACGAUUUUUUGGGUUGUGUCAAUAUUCCAGUCUGUGAUAUUCCAUCAACCGGUUUGGAGGGUUGGUUCAAGCUAGAGGCCCGUAGCACACGUAGUUCCGUACAAGGACGAAUACGGCUGAAGAUGUGGCUCUCGACGCGUGAGGAUCGUGGAACUUCCGAGGAGGAUCAUACGCUGGAAGUAAAAAAGUUCGAACGGUUGCAAACGAUCUUCAUGAUGCACGAGCUGAGCGCACAUGAACCAGCGUGGAAGUGGAAUGGUGAGCUGGCAGGUCCAUCGCUUACCAUUCUGCAUCAGAUGGCGGUCCAAAGUGACCUCUCCGAUCUUCAAAUUUCAUUAGCAAAGUUGGUAGCUAUCAUCCGAAUAAACCGCAAGAAACCAUUAGACACAAAGUUCAUACAUCGACAACUGAUAGAAGUAGAUAAACUGUGGGUCAACAACUACAAUAACGAACCGUUAACCAGGGAGCUCGAACAGUGGCUUGCGGAUUCACUGAAUGGUUUCGUUGAACGAUCGCUCUGUCACAUGCGUCGUCACAGAGAGGUAUUUCCCGCAUUGCAUCCGCCCUCACUCGUUCGGUUGGAGUUCCUUCUGCGAUGUCUAGGUCUGCUCGGUUCAAUGAGAGCUUUCCGCCAGGUGAGCCCUUUCAGCAAAGGCGUCCGAGGUGAAAUCGUAGCGGCGUUACGGAAGGGAUCCAUAACGUGGUCACAGGCACAAUUACGCGAAGCACAACGGGCACCCAAUGCACUAGUACACUACACUACUAUACUGAUAGCAGAUUUACAGCUCGGCGUGACCUAUUACCAUUCUCUGUUCGACACCACGAACGGCAUUCAGUACUUCAGCAUAGUCUACAAACAGUUUGACUCCUUGCUCGCCGAAGAAGUGACAAAUCGCAUCGAAUCGGGCCAACUGCCGGGAACGAUCGUAAAUCAUUGGUCCAUCCUCGACAACGAUCGGGAACCGGAUACGGCACCGUUCGAGAUAUAUUUCGCCCUGCAGGAGUUCCACAACUUGAAGUCGCACCUCUCGGUAACUCCCCAGCCUCCGGAGAAGCCACUGGGUUUGCAGAACUUCCACGAAUGGUUCGAGCCGGCCGUGCAGCGGUGGAUCUCAGUGAGUAAAACCAAAGCGAUACAGCGCAUCAAGGCUGCCGUCAACGUUGACCAGGUUCGCGAGGGUGAACGGAUCGUCCGACACAGCACGUCAUCCAUCGAUACGGCAUCAUGUUUCUACCAGAUACGAGAGUUUUGGAAGAAUCUAGCCUGGCCAGAUCAUGGCUCGAGUGCUCACUACGAGGCGUUGAUAAUCGAUUUAGUUUGUACAACGGCUAACGUGUACUCGGAUUUGAUCCAUCAAAACCUGACAGAGAGCGGGUACUACGAUAAAUCGGGACCACAGCGUUCGACUGAUGACAUGUGUGUGAUUGUGAACAACUAUGAGUACGUGAGACGCGCUUUGGCUGAAUUCCAACCGGAUACACAUCAUCUAUCGGAGAACGCGGAGAAUUUACUGGAGAACACGAUUGCUCAAUUAGAAAAUAAAGCGGACCGCGUGUUAGCAAAACUGACCGCGUCGAUGCAGGGACCUCUCCAGAAAGCAGUCUUCCACCUUGCUUGGUCACCCGACUCGCUUCCUGCUAAUCAAGCAGUGAUGCCAUUGCUCGAGUAUUUGGAUUCACAUCUGGCGACGCUGAAUGUUACGCUUCUUUCGCAGAACUUUUACCGUUCAAUGAGCCUCAUUUGGAACAAUGUUCUGGCGGAGUUCGCGAAACAGAUGGAUGCCGGCGGUGAGGGCGAUAAACCGAGCAACUUUCACGAUCGAAUGUAUGGCGCACUACAACUGCUAGGGGAAUUCUUCAACGCCGAAGGUUUGGGACUGCCACCGGAGAUACUGCACAGUGAUUCCUAUUGGCGCGUUGCUCAACGACUUCAGUACCAUAAGACGGACACAGAUCAGCUGAUUGAUUUGUUCUACCUGCAGAGAUUGCAGGAGCAGCUGAACACAACCGGGCCGACCAACUUGGGAACGCUUUCAGUGAAAGCGUACUUCAACCACGAUUCGCUGUGCGUAGAGGUGCUUCAUGCGAAAGAUGUGAUCCCGCUCGAUCCCAACGGUUUCAGCGAUCCGUUCGUGAUCAUUGAACUGCUGCCAAGGCGGGUGUUCUCCCACUGCUCGGAGCAGCAGACAAAUGUGCACAAGAAAACGCUCAAUCCUGUAUUUGACGAAUGCUUCGAGUUCUCGGUAACGCAGGAACAGUGUCAGGCGGAGGCUUCGAUGAUUGUGUUCACGGUUAUGGACCAUGAUGUGCUGACGGCAAAUGAUUUCGCCGGCGAAGCGUUCCUUUCGCUGGCCAAUAUUCCCGGCGUCGCGAGCAAUUUUAACAUGAAUAUCGAAAACUUUGACUGUGUGACGCAAAUGGAUCUGCCGUUGUUGGAAAUGAAGGAUAAAAGUCAUCCAAUUCUACUGAUUCUCGAGGGACGUGUCAAUGAUAAAAACGCUAUGGAAUUUCUGAGAAAGCAGAAGGCUCGCGUAGUGGAUUGAAUUUCCGGAAAGGGGAAAAAUAAACGAAACAAGCUAACUUGUCAAUCACGCAAACUUAUACGCUAUAACGAUAAGAAGGAAACGAACAAAUCAAUAAUAACCAAAGAAUGUUGUAAACUAGGCGAACUCUCUCGCAAUUUUUUACAAAUUUAAGGUCUAAUUUGCACAGUCGUUUUACCUACAGAACAGGACUGAAGCGAAACUUUUUUGAUGACAGCGCUAAGUUUGUGAAAGACAUACCUUUAGAGAAUCUUCUUACACACGUAACAUUGCCUUCACUAUGAAUAUACUGACAUCUGUGUAAAUCUCUUUGCAUGUCAUCUCCAUCUGAACCACAUACCGUAGCGAGUAGACAAAGCUAUAUAAGAUAGAAAGAGCGUAGUCAAUCCUAGCCAGAAGUAUAAGACUCACAUCCCUACUACUAAGAAGCACGAACAACCCACUAUCAUUUAAUUUUCUACCAAAGAGCAUAUUUUUAUAUGACGCUCAUUUGAAUAACUUCAAAACAGCGUAAACUACUGUUAAGUUUAACUAACUAAAUCAAUUGUAAACUAAUCCAACCCUGUAUAUUUGGAACAGUGUAUAAAAGAGGUAAACUUAAGAGAUGUUAUACAUAAGUUUGUACUUAUAGGAACUAUUAUCGAGGUAGUGAAACAACCAAAGUCUUCAAAACUUAAGCAUAUUUUUAGGCGGCUACUCUCUCUAAGGAACAAAAUCGACACAAACACACACAGACACAAACGUUAACUUUUAAGCUGUAAAUUUUCUCGAACAAACUGCAGAUAUUUUCUUAUGAAUGAAUAAAAAACUUAAACAAACGCAAAAUCAAGGAAUGAUCGCGCCCAGCUGUGGCCGAUUGUUCCGCUUGUAAAAUAAGGAUUUGUUUAAAGGAAUAGGAACAUAUAAUACUAUAUAAUCAUAAACAUUUGUGUACAACUAGCGGAACACACAUUUAUACAUACACAUACAAUGAGUGCGUAACUUUACUUUCUCGCCGUGAUUUACAUUGUGACAAUAGGUUCAAUUACAAUUUUUUUUUGUGCGUAAGUAACGCGGUUUUUUAUCCGGGAUAUUCGCUUCUUUAACCAGCUUCCGGAUGGAUCUUACUUACCGUGAACAUGGUCUAAACGCCGUAGUUUGCUUUGGACUUUUGGACUUUGGACGAGAAGUAAACUGGUCACUUCAUCCUUUGGGUGCAUUUCAUUGUAGAAAAAUCUUUCCACCAAUGCGAUACUAUCAGUCAAACACAAAAUAUGAUCAGUAAGCUUCACGAAUUCCUUGAGUUUGCCGAAAAUACAGGUUCGCAACUGGCACGGAUUAUAUGUUCCAUCUUUUUAUAUCAUUAAUUAUAAUUCCUGUAAUCCAUAUGAACAGGAAGUUUUUUAUACUAAUGUCCCUUUGAAUCUCUCGCAAUUCCGGAAUGGACUUUAAUAUAAUACUGUUAAUUUUUUCCUAGACUAGCCGUUUUUCAAUGUACUCCAACGCAGUAUCAUAAAGAUUUUGCACAGUUUUGAUCAAUUUAGCCUCCUGUUUUUAUAAUGAUUCAACAUCCCAUUGAUAGAUUAGAUCUGAUUCACAACUUUUCGUCAAUAAACCCAAUCCAUGGCUGCCGUUCUCCAACUCCCGGCUGCACCGAUUCUUGCCAAGUCCUGCUCCACCUGGUCCAACCACCUCGUUCGCUGGGCUCGUCUCCUUCUUGUUCUUACCGGAUUCACCACCGUUGCGGGGCUGCUGUCCGGCAAUCUUGCAAAUGCUCUGCCCAUCGCCCUCGUCCUGCCUUGGCGAUUUUCUGGAUGCUGGGUUCGCCUCAGAGUUGCGCCAGUUCGUGGUUCAGUCUCCUUCUCCAUACUUUGUUCUUCUGUACACCACCGUGUUCUGAGCAGUCGGCGUUCGAAAACACCAAGCACUUGUGAGUCCUCUUCAAGCAUCGUCCAUGCUUCGUGCCCGGUCCACCGGUGCCCAGAACCACUGGUCGAAUUAGAGAUUUGUACAUGGUACACUUCCUACGGGGUCGGAGUUUGUUGGACCUCAAGGAUUUGCGGAGCCCAUAGUAGGCACGACUUCCAUUGACUAUGCGUAUUCGAAUUUCACGACUGUUGUUGUUGUCAGUUGUUAUCAACGAGCCAAGGUAGACAAAUUUCUCUACCACCUCGAGCUCGUCGCCAUCGAACACAACACUACUACCAAGAAGAAUUCUGUUGCGAUCAGUCCCUCCUGCUAGCAUGUAUUUAGUCUUAGAUGCAUUGAUCCCAAACCCAAUCAACCCUGCUUCGUGUUUCAGUCGGAUAUACAAGUCGGCUACCGUUGCAUGUGUUCUUCCGAUUAUGUCCACGUCGUCGGCGAAGCGGAUAAACUGACUAGACUUAUUGAGAAUCGUGCCCCGCAUGAUGAAGAUCGAAUUGUCGAAGUUCCCUGUGAGUCUCAAAUGAUUCCGACAAGAAAUGAGUGAGCGCUCACGAAUGAAAUGAUUUGACUAAUAUAAUAUAGUUAAUCUUAAGAACAUUCCAUUCGAAACAUUUUAAAAAUAUUUGGGAUAUAAAACUGGGAGAAAACUGUGUCGUUAUCGGAAAACUGCUAUACUCUUCCGACAUAUAAUUCGACAUGAUCGACAUUAUAUGGAUCAAGAGAAAUCAGUUCUAGUGAUUAUAAAAAAGCUCUGUAAUGAAUUGAUUCCGGAGCUGGUAAAGCGAUUUACAUAUCUCGAGUCAGACGAACUAGUAGCCUAACCGAUACUGCUAGAUCCUCGCUUCAAGCAGCAUGGUUUUGGGGAUAACAGAAAGUACAACCAUGCACACCAGUCUUUGAUAAGGACGCUAAAAAUGACAUCCAUAGAAUACACCCCUACGAAACUACCACAAAUCGUUUGUGAUGAAGCGCGGUCAUCUGUAUGGGAGGAGUUUGAUGCAUUGGUUGACAAUCUUCGAUCCUCAAAUGAUCCAAAAGCUGCUGCAAUAUCUAUUGUAGAUAAAUAUUUAGUGGAACCACAUUGGCUGAGAAUUAGUGACCUUUUGCUUUGGUUGAUUGGUUGAAUCUACAUCUCCGGCUCCACCAUUUUUCUUGAAAAUAUUAUGUAUUCCGGCGUCUUCAGUACCACGUGAGCGAGUUUUUCCGAAAGCAGAAAAAGUUUGCAGUGAAAGAUGUAGUAGAUCAGAUAACAUUGAAAAGAUAAUGUUUAUAAAUAAAAAAAGAGGAUCUGAGACAGAAUUUUGUAGGUACCAUUCAGGAUUGUGAUGGCACGAUAGUUCCCACAAUCCAGCUUGUCACCUUUUUUAUAGAUCUGUGUCCCAGAUCCUGACUAUCAACCGGUGCAUACACUCUACAAGUUUUCUCGGACCCACCUUGAAAAGCACCACUAUGAGGCCAUUCUUACCAGCUGCUUUGUGAUUCUGUGUUCUGUGUUGUUUUGUGCUCAGGUGUUCAUCGUAGCACUGCCUCCACCUUUCGAUCACCUCGCGUUCCGUCGUCAAGAUGCCUUCUUCCUUGUUCCUGCACAUUCCGGCCCGCGGCACAAAGCCUUUGUGCGAGGCGUUUAGUUUCUUGAAGAACUUCAACGAUUCUCGAGAACGAUAAAGCAGCGCUAUCUGCUCACACUCUUUCUCUUCAUGGCGGCGCUUUUUUCCUGAAAAAGAUGUGCUUGCUGCCUUCGCUUCAGUAACGAUACAGACUGAAACGUUUUGUCGAGUCGCUCGUUGCAGCAUGGCUGUGCGUGCUGCAUCCUUCUCGUUCAGGAGCGCUCGGCACUCGUCGUCAAACCAUUCAUUCAGUUGUCCUCGUUGUUCAUACCUGAUAACGGUCUCUGCUGUGCUGCUAAUUGCUGCUUUCAAGGCGUUCUAGCAUUCAUCGAGGGGUGCAGCAUCCAGUUCGUUCGGCUCCUGUAGUCGUCGUAGGUGGUACCGCGGUGAGCGCUGGUGUCUCAUGUUAUUGACGACUGAAAGUUUAGAACGCAGUUUGACCAUCACCAGGUAGUGAUCUGAAUCGAUGUUAGCGCCACGAUAGGUUCUGACGUCGAGAAUAUCCGAGAAGUGCCGACCAUCGAUCAAAACGUAGUCAAUUUGCGUUUCUGUUUGUUGUGAUGAUCUCCAGGUGUAUCAGUAUUGGAGGCUGUGCUGGCAGAAGGUGCUACGUAUGUUUAAAGUGUGUAACAAAGUUAUUUCAUUUGCGUCUAUACGCUCCAACGGUACGAAUUACAAUGGAUGAUGACGAGUGACGCAGCUCUCUCUAACUUAACAAAAUAUAUCCCUAUAGCAAUGCAUGGUGAUUAGGGAGACACAAAAUGUAGGGAAGCUCGAAAAUAAAAUAUUAUUACAACUUAUGACCAUGUUAUUGGAGGCAGCGGAGUCAAAAAGUUUUAGACCGUUUUCGUUGGUUCGCAGAUUGGGCACCGAACCUACCAAUUACCGGUCUGAACUCUUCCUCUUGGCCGACCUGAGCGUUCAAAUCACCAAUGGCGAUUUCGAUGUCGUGUUUUGGGUAGCGAUCGUAUUCACAGCUUUGCACAGUGGCGAUAUCGUAACCAAUGAGGUUUUACCGAGGGGCGAUUAUUGCUAGUUGAUCGUAUUCACACUCUAGCUGCGCGUAGAAUUCUUCCUUGUCGUCAUCGGUGCUAGUUAGAUGAGGGCUGUGGACGUUAAUAAUGCUGAUAUUGAAGAAGUAGGCUCGCAUCCUCAGUCUACACAUUCUUUCGUUGAUCGGCCACCAGCCAAUCACCCCAGCUCGUGUGUGUUGCCGCAGCUCUGGUCUAUGGUAUACCUACCUUGGAACGAUCGCACCAUCGAACCUUUCCAGCUCACCUACUGCAGCGCUACGAUGUUGAAAUUACGGGCUUUCAAUAUUUCCGUAAGAAUAAAGGUAAGGCAGGUAAAUUGAGAGACUUGCAGGUCCAUGUUCCGAGUUUCCAAUCUCUAGUCCGUGUUCUUUGCGUGGGUCUAGUCCGAUUGUCCAGUCUCGAAUUUCUUUGUGAAUUUUUCUGAACAGACGCCCUUCCCUGUCAGCAUACGAUCAAGAUCCUACCGGGGUUGGUACCCGAUCUUUACUGUGGAUAGGAAUUACUAAACAAGAAACUAAGGACCGCGAAUGGGGUCUAUUUUAUGCCUGCAGGUACGCGAAGUACCGAUGGUACACUUAGUCCAGUUUACCAGCCGACCCUGGUCGUUCACUACCCGGUUUCCGCUGACAUGGUUCAACAAGAAGAGGACGCUUCACGUGGCAAACAGUAGCUAGAUAGCAUCCUACAAUCGCCGCAGUCUGCUUUGGACAUUUUUCGCGAGAAGGAAACUGGUCACUUCCUCUUCGAGUACAUUUUACCGAUAUGGCAUAUAUUGUUCCACUACUUUGUUCACAUCACAUCAUUACAUCAGAUGUUGUCAGUUAAGGUGAAGGUGGAAGGAAGCCAUUGUAGUAGUAUAGGUAAAACCACGUGUAAAAAUGGGGUAAUAGUGUUUGUGAGAGAAGAGUAAAGCACACGUAAAUAGAUCAUUUCACUUUUCAGACUGUGUGGCGCUUCACUGACACGAGUCUUUGAAUACAUUUGAAAAAAAAUAACAAUUCAAUACUAAAGUGAAAUGUAUGAACGAUAUGUUCCGAUGAACAAUUUCAAAUAUAAAUAUAUAAAUAGCAGGUGCAUUUGCAUAUGAAGUAAAAUUCUGAUUAUACGCGAGCGUAACAUGAACAAAUUUAUAACACAUGCGAAAUUUGGACUCUUUUGGUAUUAACAAGUUCUUCCGCAUAGUAACUCGAUGUUGAUAAUUCCUUAAUAUUUUCCUUCGUUGAUCUUAUUGUUCGAAAACGAUCAUUUUCUUCACACUGUUUCGCAAAACUAUUGAUUUCCGGGCGAAGGGUGAGGGAAGGAGAUGAAAGAAAUGAGCGCCACCACGAAAUUUGGCAUUUGACUUGCAUCCGUUAACCGGCUACUCAUCCAUUUAAAAACAAAAAAAAACUUUGAAGUAGCUGGGCUGCGAGUAGCCCAAUACAUGCAAAUCAAAUGUAAAAUUUCGUUCGUAAUUCUUCGGAUCGUAUGACGUUUACUAGCAUCCGAGUAACUGAUAACGUCUAAACCCGGCUUUGAUGUAUAAAAGGGGCACUACCCUGUAUUUGAAGCCGAGUUGCUCGUUUCGACAGUGAGUGCAUUACGAAAUAAAAACUGUCAUUGUAACAAUUCACCAAGCAAUGUUCGAAUUUGUUUCUUUUGCUUUUGCGCUGAAAGUAAAUUUUUACGGUAAUUAUCUAGUUUUAUCUGAAACACUUCUAAACAACUCUACCCAAAAACCAUAAGUACUAACUGAAAUCCAUUUUAUGGCACUUAUUCAGCAUCUCUAACGCCAAAUAGCAACACGUAAACAUUUUUGUAAAAAAAACCGAUUUCCGUAGUGUGACAACUGCACCAUGAAGAAAUAGCAGCGUAUUCAUGAUUUGUCCCACAUGCAAACGUCGCAAAAUGGCAUUUUAAUCACCGUGGGAGUGUCACGGUGAACCGUGAAGACCGAGGAAAAAAAAGGACAACUAUCCGCGACGGUGACCACAGGUCAGCCGGGGUCAACUCGGAUUCCGAGAGUUAUCGAUGCCAAAAAUAAGUGAAUAAAUUAUGGGGCUGUUUAAUAGCGAUCGCGAUUCUUGAAAUUGUUAAUUUUCCGCGCUGAUGGCUUCCGAUAGGCGUGACAUACGAUGUUGGCUUUUCUCCUCCGUGAGGAUGGAGAAAAGAUUUCUUAAGAAUAAAUAUCCCCUACACACAAACUAGCGUUGUCAGAAAGCAUUUCAGUUUCGACAGAAAACAUGUCCUUUCCAGCCUUGAAGCGUCAAAUAGGCAAAUAAUGUCAUAUGUCCCCCAACACUUUGAAAUGUUUGUAUGUAUGGAAGCAGACAUCUCUUUCUUUUUUCUUUUUUCGUCUUUUUUGGGAUUGCACACAAAAAAAGUCCAAACGGCAUCAACGGAGAUCGAACCAAGGCCGGCUGGAAUGAUAUACUGUUUUACACGACCACGCUAUCCAUAUAGCUAAUGAUGCUGUUACGCAGAAGCGUGUUAAUAUUACAUCUUAUUACAAAUUGAAGUGGGAAUAUUGUUUUCUAAUUUUACUCUUAGAAAACGCUUUCCAGCAUGAAAGAGAAUAUCCAUCUCGGUCUGGGUGCUUAUUUGAAACGUGCCUUUUGUUUCGUUCGCUCGUAUUAAAUAAUCUUAUAUUACCGUACCAUAUAUAUUAUACAAAUGCUUACCAGUAUUUGUGAGUCAUGGCAUUUUCUGUCAUUUUUACGCUCAUUUAAUGUAAUAAAUCGGGAUGACAAAAUCAAUUUUGGGUGUAGCUCCAAAUAAAUUUUUCGUUCACAAAUAUAGUUUCAAAAUGUCAAACUCCGAUCAGUUUAAGACGAUUAUCCAAAGCAAAAAGUUUUGGAAGAUAUACCGAUGAAAGACCAUGUAUAACAUACUUUUAACGACCGUGAACAGGGUUUGUCAUUUUUAUAACAAAGAACUAGUUUUCGACUGAAUCGUUUUAGUCCAUCAAUUCUUCAGAUUCGUUUCCUUCAAUUCACAAAGCAGAAACAAAUCCUCAUAGACGCUUGAUUCAGUACAAAUGCGCUGUAUUCAUUUUCAUCUUCAAAAUGCUUCAUUUCGCAGUUAUCCGAUCGAUAGUUUCAUCAUAAUAAUGGUCCGGGACUGGACCGUCUUCCAAAAAAUUGGCAUUGAAAAAGGCAGAGGAGAGCACAGAAGUCACUCUUGCCACUACAUCACCGGCGCCGGCAACUGAUUACUCUUGUUGACUCACUGCACAUCACUCUUUUUCUAUUAGUUUGAUUUUACUCUCUUUAAAAAAACACUACACUUAAAUACACAUUCCAACGAACAAUUCAGUCAUCGAAAUACUUUUUAUAGCUGUAUUGAGGAAUUAUCUUCGCGCAGCGAAUUCGUUUUCAAUGCUGUCAAAAAGGCACUCAUUUUUAGAUACUGUGAUAACGUAAGAUUUUGGAACUGCUGUACACAAACAACACGCAGAACCCGAAACAACACUUAUGGUUCUUAUAAAAUUUAAAAAGGAUGGUAAAUUUACUUUUUCAGUCGACCGGUUUCGGACUCUAUGCUGCUCAUCUACGGGACGAUAUCCGACUGAUUACAAUGCAAAGAAACAACUUUGUACUGGUAUAGUACACGUCAGGAACGAUAAUGUCAUUGGAUGUUUUGUUUGGUCAAGUUGAAUAAUUCGAUGUAAUCGGAGCUUUGAACUUAUUCAUAAGCGGCGGCUCAGCAGUGUAAACGAACAUGAAUUCCGAUGCAUAUAGAUGGGAAGCUUUUCUGACACACUUUUUGAGUAUCGCGUUGUCCCAGUCAAUUUCAUGAUAGCAACACUCGGUUCGCUGGGUAGCUUAUUUUCCACACCGUUUCUGUGCUCCCUCAAACGUACCUUAAGCUUACGACGGGUUUGGCCAAUGAAAAGGUAAAUUUACCAUCCUUUUUAUAUUUUGUAAGAACCAUAAGUGUUGUGUCAGAACGGGUUCCACGAAGGGACAAUUUUAGUUUCAGAAAUAGGGAAAAGUUACAUGGGACCAAACCGCUAAUAAUUAUGCGUUGGAUGAACGUGGGAUCAGAAUUUGAUAGUUCAAGAUCGUUCAAGUCAUCAGCCAUUUGAUUGCGAUGAAAGAAAAUUAAGCUCUUUUAACACCAGUCGUGCUGCGACUUCUCUCAUGCCCAAAACAUCAACAAUAUGAGGAAAGUUAUCUUGAGUGAUAUUUAAAUCAUGGGCUAGCUUUUCCAAACUUACCGAAAUUACCGGUUAUUGAUUGUAAAAUUACCGUUAAUUCGGUAACGUAAAAUGACCGGUAUUACCGGUAAAACCGGUAACAGUAAAACCGGUUAACAAUCCCUACUAUCAAGUACUGUAGAUCAAGAUCAUCCCGGUCUUUCUCAAGAGCCUUAAAGUAGUUAUGCUUAUUUCAGAUUGCGGUUUUUUCGAUGUGGACAUCGACAAUUCUCCACAAGUUCUUGAGUUCUAUGGGUUCGAUACAAUAUGAAUGGAAAAACGACUUGAUUUUAUUUUAUGUGUAUUUUUCAAAACCCAUCAAGGAAAUAUCGUGAUUUUCACCAAGGCUCGGCAAAGCCAUAUUUAACUGAGGAUCGUCAGAGGCUGUGGAACCAUCGGUCUUCAUUUUCAGUUGGAAAUUAGUUUUCGCUUCUUCCAGUAGUUUCUUUGUCGACAUAAAUCAAAAGUUAUUAGGGCAUUUUCGUCGCUAUCUGCUCUACGGCAUGUUGAAAUGAACCAUGAAGUGUUUGACGGUGAAUGCGUUCGUUGUGACUCAGUAGCAAGAGAGAGGAGGACAUUUAUAAAAGUAGUCCCGCUCGAGGCGAAGCGAUGUGUGGAGAGUCGAUUUUCUUGUUUCGUCUUCGAAAAUAUUAGAACCUGAUUAUCACGCAGAAUGGUGGUGUAGUAAUUGGCAUUCAUAAUCCUAUCGAUUCUUAAAAGAGUUAUCUGUCCGGCCCAUGGAAAACGCCACCAAACCGUAACAUUGCAACUCCCAUACUUUACGGUGCCUUGGAUAUGUCGUUUCUGGAGGUACUCUACCGGCUAUCAGCAUACUUGUGAACAAACUUCAGUGGGAACAUUUCAGCACAUGUAAAACUUCCGUUUACUCCCCAGAAAACCUUUUUAAGUGGAGGCGAUAUUUAUACGUUCAUUGAUUCGACAUCUUGGUAUUCGACGGUCACCAGAUCUCGCUUAGGAGAGAUAAUUUUACCCUAUUGAAAAAAAGCGAAUUAAACACAAGUUCUUUCUCAUUUACUUGAAGUCAAAAGUAAUUCAUGUGUUUGUGUAUAUAAGCGCAAAAAUAUUAUUCUACAAAAACUCCAUAAUUAUCACUAUGAUUAUUUGUUUUUAUUCCUUGUUUCAACAACAUCUGUAGCUUGAACACAAACCCACAAAUCCGUAAUCAUCUGUAAAUUAUGACUGAUCUUGAUACAUAACAGUAGUAAAACUAUAUAGAGUGAAUGUCGAGCUUAAAUGUUAUCAAACCAAAUUCCCCUCAGUACACUAAAAUACUGUUACAGUAGAACCACCCCAAAUAGAGCAAGCUUCGUUUCCUACCCUGUUUCAAGAAUAGCAUAAUCAUUUGUAAUAUACGUUCCCCAUAGUCAAAUGAGGAAAAAAGCUUUAAAAUCAAUACUUGAAUGAAGAGAAAAAAACCUCAAAAUAAGAAAGGAAAUUACAAACUAACACUAUUUUUUUCGGUACGUACCUAGGAGUGAGCAGAGACGAAACAAUUUCGCUUCGUUCGAUUUUUAUACAAAUUUAAUUUGUACACCAGCUCUUGAACACCCCUUUUUCCCCGAAUCCAGAACACCCCGAGGAGCAACAACAAAGCGUUGGAAAAAUUGCGAAUGUGUGCAAAGUAAUUGUCGUUGUACAAGAAUGAGAAUACCCCAGAAACAAACAAACUGUGUACACAACCCGUAGCCUUGACUAUUUGUAUGCACCAUUCACCAACACACUUGCAAGUGUUGACACACUUUAUAUAUACACAUACAUACAUACACACAGUAUUUUAGCAAAACAAUUUUUGAAACUACAAAAAUACAAACGUGAGCCAAAGAACAAGUAAUCAGAAACAAUAUAUUUUGUAAAUAGAUAUAAACAACUGUUCAAUGUCUUAGGGAAGCAACAAUCAUGUAGUGCUGUAUGACAACAGAUUCAAUGUCAUACUUAAGCGUUUUAAAAAAAUAUUUAUUCAUAUGGAAAUCAGAGCCUUUAUAAAUGUUGAUUUGAUGAAACUUCUCAUUACAACCACUUCUUUCGAUACCGUUAAGUUUUGUUGUUUCAUAAGGAUAAACAGAAACUUUAGAAACUUAAACAUUUAUGAACCGAUAAAUAUCGUUUAACCAACAUAAAAACAUGCCAAUCAAAUGUAACUAUCGUUGUAAAAACCAAGAGGAAAAAUAGUGUACCACAAAAGUAUAAUAUAUUAUGUAACGCAUUCAUAGACAAGGACUACGCAACAGACUUGAAUUAAGUUUUAGCGAAACCAAAUAUACUGCAUUCAAUGUAACUAUACAAGAACCAUCGGACCCAUACCCAGCUACAGAACUCGCUUCAUUCAAAUCGUCGAAUAGUCGUAGCUCAUUAUGAUUCUUAAAACAUCAAAACUGUUCUAAACACAAAUCAACGUUUCAGCACAGUAAGAGCAACAACAAAAAAAACUAUCAGAAGGUGUUGUGUCGCGAUGAUUCGAAUCUUACAACAAAUCUAAGGGUACGUGCUUGUGCACAAUCAACUGAGAAUAUACCAAAAAUUGGACAAUGGAAAUAUUUUU